UCAUACUCAAUAAUAAAUUUAUUAAUAAAUGAGUGAAGAAGAAAAAACUAAUCAAAUCACAUCCAAUACAGUUAAUGAAUUAGUUAAAAAUGAUAAAUAUGGCCAUUUAAUAUAACUCUAUCUAAAGAAAGAUCCCACAAGGUAUUAGCAUAUUCAAUUUCUAUCAUAGAAUUAAAAAGUACAAUACUAUUCAAAAAUCUAAUAAAAUAUAUCAUGUCAAUUAAGAUGUAGCUGUUUGUGCUCUUAAUGAUGAUAUUUAUUCAGCUAAAUUAAUUAAGAUCUAUUGUAUUAGAGAUCCUACAAAUACUUUCAUUCCUAUUAUAUAAGUAUAAUGGUAUUAUAAUUAUUCUAAAUUCUUAGGUAUUAUUCAAAAUAAGAUCUUAAAAUAGAUUAAAAACUUAUGAAAUGUAUUUCUGAUAAAGAACUCUUUUUUUCUACUCAUUCAGAAUAUUUACCUGCUAAUAAAAUUUAAGUAGGAAUAAAAGUAUUAACUUUUGAAGAAUAUUCUGAACUUGAAUUUGAAGAAGAAACAAUAUUUUUUAGCAGAGCAGCAAUUGAUCUAUAAUCAAUGGAACCUAGACCAAAUAUAAAAUUAUGGAAAAAGAGUUGUGUAUGUUAAUUACCACAAAAUCCUGAUCUAUAAAUGAUUUAAUGUGAUGAAUGUGAUAAUUGGUAUCAUUUAGAUUGUGUAUAACUCUAAGAUUAAGAUAUUAAUAAAAUUGAUAAAUAUAUAUGUCCCAGAUGUAUUAAAUGA